AACACGUUUGUGGUGAACUUUGGAGCACAUCAAGAAGGUAUUUUAGACUGUUGGGAAAGAUUUACGUUUGAGGGGAAAUCAGCUUGGAGAAAAUGGCGAAAAAAAAUCUCCUUGUUUUGAUUUAUGUUUUGCUGUUUGACACCUGGUUUUCAUCUGGAGCCUCUGUGUUUCUGCCGAGACAUCUUGCGGGUUCUAUACUGAAGAGACAGAAACGCUAUAACACAGGUGGAUUUGAAGAGAUGAUGAAGGAUAACCUGGAGAGGGAAUGUUAUGAAGAACGCUGUAGUCUAGAGGAGGCCAGAGAGGUCUUUGAGGACCAGGAGAAAACUAGGAAAUUCUGGAUCAGCUAUAAUGAUGGAGACCAGUGUGAGUCAUCACCCUGUCAGAAUGGUGCGAAAUGUGAGGAUGGCAUGAACACUUACACCUGCUGGUGUCCACCUCGCUUUAUUGGGAAAAACUGUGAGUUAGAAAUGGCGAAACAGUGUAAUGUAAAUAAUGGAGGGUGCAUGCAUUUCUGCAUUGUGGAUAACAUCUAUGGAGCAGUGUGUGACUGUGCUGAUGGUUACAGACUGGCCUCGGACAGUAGGACAUGUGAACCUACAGUUCCGUACCCAUGUGGACGUCUUGCAAGGAGUAUUGCUGAAUCUCUCAACACAAGGUCCAUUAUCAACGCUGAGGAUGGAAAUCAAAUUCACUCAGUCAAUUAUGUCAAUACAACUGAGUUCAACAAAACAGAGACCAGUCCUACAGAUACCUCCGCAGUCUACAACACAACCUCUCCCAUCUACAAUACAACGUCUCCUCAUGCUACUCUAGACAACAUCCCCUCCUGGGCCUUUUAUCCCACUCUACCCACUAUCACAAACAAACCGAAUGAGAAGCAUCGCAUUGUUGGAGGCCUGGAAGCAAAACCAGGAGAGAUUCCUUGGCAGGUUGUUUUGAUGGAAAAGGUGAAUAAAAAUCCUUUUUGUGGUGGAUCUCUCAUGAGCGAAGUGUGGAUCAUUACAGCUGCACACUGUGUUGAAAACAGGAUCGGAUUGUUCUUCAUCAGAACAGGGGAACAUGACAUCACAAAAAAGGAGGGAACAGAGAGAGACCAUAACAUGGCGGAGUGUCACAUUCAUCCACGUUACAACUCUCAACAGAGUCUCUACAAUCACGACAUCGCCCUGCUGAAGCUCAAGACACCGGUUAGCUUCUCAGACUAUGCCUUGCCCAUCUGUCUGGGCUCUAGAGACUUCACAGAGAACCUCCUCAUGAGGUCAGAAAAUUCCUUGGUGAGCGGCUGGGGGAGGCUGAAACAUGGAGGCUCCGAAUCUAACACACUUCAGAAGGUGGAGGUUCCCUUUGUGGACAGGACAGAGUGCAAAGGAAGCAGCAUCAACAAAAUCACCCGCUUCAUGUUCUGCGCCGGAUACAAUAUGAUAAGCAAGGAUUCCUGUCAAGGAGACAGCGGUGGGCCCCAUGCCACCCACUAUCAGAACACGUGGUUCCUUACAGGCAUCAUUAGCUGGGGUGAAGAGUGUGCCAGAGAAGGAAAAUACGGCGUCUAUACUCGAAUAUCUAGAUACAUGUACUGGAUAACCAACAUUACUGGGAUCAGAAUAGGAUAUGUGCCUAAUAAUGAUAAAGAGCUUGCCCCAUAUGCACAAAUUAAUUUAAAACGGAGCAGAAUUCAAUAAGGCAAGGUUUGUUGGAAUUUUAGACAACAGCAGAAAACAUAUCUUUAAACAUAAAUAUAUAGACUGAAUAGUUGUUGCAAUAAAAUUAAAACUCACAGGCAUUUCUGUACAGAUAUUUACUAGUCAUCAUUCAACAACAGCAUUGAAUCAACCAAGAAAAAAUAUAGUUUCUUAGACGUUGUGCUGUAAAUCUAGUGAAAUUGUUUUCAUAACGCAAACAACAUGAGGUCACUUUUGUCUUAACUCAUUCUGUACAUAUUAUACACCAGAAGUACAUGGCUUAAAGAAGUGUACUUGAAGCUAAAGUACACAUGGUGCUCAUUCAGACCGCACCCCACUUUAUCUUCUGCGCCACAUGACCUGUUAACAAAAUGGGAAGACAUGCAAAUUGUUUUGUUUUUAGUGACAGGUGAAAUAUUUUUUGACAUCUUGCAUCAAAGAAUGUUUUUUUUAGUAGUUAACAAAGUUAAGUGCACAUCGGAGGGCACACUUUAAAUGACAGAGAAAAGAGUGCAGAAAAUAAAAUAAUGGAAUGGACAGCUUACACAGUGGGCCUUACAUUGUCGGUAACCUAAACUGACCCAAGUUGUGCCAAAUUUUUUAUUAAAAUGUUAACACAAAAGAACCUUUUAGCUCGGUCUUCUUUAGAGACUUUUUGUUGGUCGUUCAUAGCUUGUGAGUUCUCUGUUGUUGUUGUUAUUUUUCAUUUUCAACAGUCCCAGAUGUUAAUCUUAAAUUUCUUUAUAAUAAAAAUUUAAAUAUUUUUUGUAACACAUUAAGAUUAUAGUAUAAAGUCAUAGCUCAGACAAUUUAGUUGUGGAAGAAUUAUUACUGUCAAAGAAAUGUAACAAUGGAGAUAUUAAAGACAUCCCAGCUGUGAUUUUACUUUCCUGGGUCAACAAUAAACACUUAAUAAUUUAAAGGAGCAGUUCACCCAAAAAUAAAAAAUCUGUUAUCAUUUA